CGCAUUUUUUUCUAAAUAGACAGAAGGGAGACUUCUUCAGUGGGCGUCCGUCAAGGAUGUCUUCUCUCUCCCGUCUAGAUUAAAGUCCUACAUUGGCACUCAGGUAAUAUACAGUUAACAAUUCUUCCUGUUUAUACCAAUGUUAUCUAGUACAUUUAAACCGACUAUCCUCGUUGUUUUAUUGAUUAAACACAGCCUUGAGUUGAGAUAUUUGCUUUUGUGUGCCCAUAUAAACCAACUACAAACUGACGGUGUAAUCUUACCCUACAGUUCACGUGACAGUUUUUAAAUAGUUUGUUCUGACAGUUACCAUAUAAAUUUGUUUAUCGACAGUUUUAACCUUCAAUUAAACUUGAGUUUUCUCUUUGUUUGAUAGUUUGGUGCUAUUUUUAAUAGACUGUGGACCAUGGUUAGAUGGGCUUGAUUUGUUAAACUAUUUAAUUUAGCCGAUAGUAAAACUCGUUCAGUAAAAUGGCAACCUUUUCACAAUCCACCAUUGACAAGGGAUCUAAGAUUUUCCAAGACGUCUUGUGCUCGACCUGCGAAGACAAGAAACUGGAAAAUACAGCUGAUUUCUACUGUGAAUCUUGUGUUAAGUUUUACUGCGGAAAAUGUAUUGACAUGCAUAGCCAAUUGUUUUCAAAACAUGCCCCCUUUGGAAGGGGAGAUAUGAAGAAAUGGCCAGUGCCCAAAAAGGUGGAAGAUUUUAUACUGAAAUGUGAUGUCCAUACGGAUAAAAACCUUGAAAUGUUUUGUUCUGAACACAGUGAGCUGUGCUGCACAAAUUGUGCAUUUCUAAAUCACAGACACUGCCAAAAGGUAACUCUUAUAUCUGACAUCGUAAAAAGUCAGUCUACAAACCUUCAACAACUGUCAGUUUAUAUCCAAACUAUUCUGAAAGAAAUGAAGAAACUUCAAGACAGCCAGGAUGCGAGCAUUCAGUCUGUGCAAAGUUCAUAUGAUGAGCAGUUACACACAAUACAGAAAACUCGCAGAGAAAUAAAUGCAGUCUUAGACACAAUUGAACAGAAGACAUUGAAGGACAUGAAAGAUACUCUAACAAAACUGCAAGCCUCUUCCAAAACCGAUGUUGAAAAAUGCAUCAGGCUGCGGGAUGAAUUGAAACAACUUCACGACGCCAUACAGGACAUUAGUGAUAAAAGCAAGCUGGAACUAUCCUUUAUAGCCAAAAGAAAAUGUGAGGAGAAAAUACAACAGUUAGAGACCUUUUUGAAGAAAAACUCUUUGCAGGUUAGAGUUUCAAUAACAUUCCAGCCUAACUAUGAAAUUGUACAGUACUUGUACAAACUUUCUGGUCUUGGGAGGAUUGAACACUGUACCCAGACAUUGAUGGAACAAGAAUCCAAACAAGGUAUAAUCACUGUGCAGGGGAAGUCUGAACAAAAUGUGAAAAUAUCAACUGAUUCAGAGGAAUGCGCUAUCACAGCCAUUCUUGCUCUCCCAGACAAGCAGGUCCUGGUAGCAGACCACAAGAAUAAGAAAGUCAAGCUUCUUGAUCAAAUAUACCAGGUUGUGAGUCACUGUAGUGUGACUGCCUAUCCACAGGACUUGUGUGAUAUCACACCCAGUGAGGUGGCUGUGACUGUCAAUGAUUAUUACAUACAUGAGGUCCAGUUUAUCACAGUCAACAACAUGAAGAUGGUGACAGGAAGGAAGCUUAAGUUAAAACAUUCAUGUUGUGGGAUUUUCUUCCACCAGGGAGACCUGUAUAUUACUUCUAGGACUGCACUGUGCAAGUACAAACUCAGAGGGAAACUUGUUAGCAAGAUGUAUGAGGAUAAAUCAGAUAAUGUGACAGUAAAUAGAUGUGCUGUGAGUCCCACAGGGGACAAGUUGUACAUCACUAACUACUCCCAGCACAAGCUCCUUACCCUGGCCAGGGAUGGUUCAGUCCUGGCCACCUUCACUGACCCUGCACUAAUAGCCCCAAAUGGUGUACACGUGACACCUGCAGGCCAGGUGCUGGUAUGUGUAGGCUGGUUCGACAUUAUCAUACAGGUGGACACUGAGGGCAAAUUGAAGCUGGCCACUUUUGCUACAAAGGAGGAUGGAUUGGUGGACCCACGGAAACUUGAAACCUGGAUAGAUGGCAAUAUGGAGAUUAUGCGCAUCAUUUCAUUUUUUGCCUACGUUAAGAAUUCUGGUUGCUAUGGCAACAAAUAGACUAGAAAUAUUGCUGAAAAUGGUGGAGUUUCACCGGUGACAUAAUUGCUUGGCAAUAGUCUUGUUACAUCUAUAACACUAGUUUUUAUAUUUGUGUUUGACUUUACAAGUCGACAAGGACUGCUAGUGAAAAUACAGAAACAAUUCUGGUCUAGAAUAUUAUUUAUCAUUAUUUACAUAACAUCAACAUUACACUGUUAUUAUAUAUAGCCUGUCAUUUCUUCAACAUACAUAACAAAUGUAUUGAAGAUUACUUUAAUUUUUAGCUCGACUACUAUAUAUGAAAUAUAUGUAGUGGAGCUAAUUAUCCUACUCACCCCGGCGUCGGCGUUAGCGUUAGCGCGCAAAUGCUAAAGUUUGCGUACUACCCCAAAUAUGUUCUUUGACAUAUUGCUUUCAUAUUUUGCAUACUUCUUUACCAACAUGACCCCAACCUAUAAACAAGACCAGACAACUCUAUCAAGCAUUUUGACAGAAUGUUUGCCCCUUUUAUACUUAGAAUAUGCAUAUUAUUGAUAAUUCUAUGUUCAAGUUUGCGUACCACCCCAAAUAUUUCCUAUGUCCUUUGACAUAUUGCUUUAUAUUUUGCAUAUGUAGCCGGGUUGUGUAUUUAUAACACAAGUUGGUGUUAUAUAUAUUCUUUAUUUUAUAGAUGUAUAUAAUAUUGAAAAUGAUGGUCUGAAAGAAAACAAAGGCAAUUAUGAAUAACUAAUUCUAAUUACAAUAAUAAAUUUAACAUUGCAAUGAAAUAUACAAUAAUCAAAUACAUUUAUAUGACAAUAAACAAUACAAUACAAUGUAGUUAUAUUAACAAUAAAAGUAAACUCACCAGCAACCUGAGGACUUAGUUUUAAAAUAAAUAUAUGCUGACAAAUGGAAAGUGCGAACUUAAAAUUUCGUCUAUCUCUUAGGGGACUUUAUGAUGAAAUGAAUCUACAAUAGUGUAUAAAACCAUUGAAACUCUAUAGUUAAAACAUCUCACAUAAAAACAUGCAGUGCUAGUAACUCAUUCACUCACCAAUUAGCACCCACCGUGAUA